AUGAACUUGAGCCCCCGGAGCGCCUUUUGGGCGCCGGAGCGCGUACGAUCCAGCUGCGCCCGCUGGCGGCGCAUCGCCAUUGCCACCAGCGCCGAUUCAAUUACGCCUCCGCCUCUCACAGCGCCGCCGGAGAGUAUUAAAUUCCAUGGUGGAAUUGCAUAUAGGUGGACCGAGAAUUUCCCAUUGGAGGCCAGCUUCCAUUUGCAACCUGCAAGACGGCGAAACCCAAGGGGAGGACCCACGAUCUCACCCGAUGAAAAGGCCACCGCCACUGCCGACGUCCUGAGAUUCGACCGCACGGCUCAGAGGACACCGCCGUCGUGGUGGCCCGAAGGCCCUGCUGGGAGAAGGCACGCGAAUUAG